ACCUCGGCAGUCAAAAUGCUGGUUCAGGCACAUGGCUGUGGAGGCUAUGAUUCUGAUUUUAGUGAUGAGGAGAAUGGAGAGAAGUCUGUGCAAAAGGCUAAAAGUAUAAAGGAAGAUGGCCUUCUGACAAAGCCAUUCCAAAAAGCAAAACAAGGCAAUGUGGUUCACAGACAAUUCGCAGCUGAAGAAUGGGAUAGGGAAGAAGCAAGAAAAAGAAGAUUUCACUUGAUAGCAAUGGAUGCUUAUCAAAGACAUAAAAAGUUUGUGAAUGACUACAUUUUAUACUAUGGUGGCAAAAUUGAGGAUUUCCGACGUUCUGGAGCAAAUGACAAGACGGAUCUUGAUGUUAUCAGAGAAAAUCAUAGAUUCCUAUGGAAUGAAGAAGAUGAAGUGGACAUGAAUUGGGAGAAGAGGCUUGCAAAGAAAUAUUACGAUAAAUUGUUCAAAGAAUACUGUAUAGCUGAUCUCAGCAGAUACAAAGAGAAUAAGUUUGGAUUUAGAUGGCGACAUGAGAAAGAAGUAAUUUCAGGAAAAGGUCAGUUUUCCUGUGGAAACAAGCACUGUGAUGAAAAAGAAGGCCUGAAGAGCUGGGAAGUCAAUUUUGGUUACGUUGAACAUGGUGAAAAGAGGAAUGCACUUGUGAAAUUGAGACUAUGUCCAGAAUGUUCCUCCAAACUAAAUUUUCAUCACCGGAGGAAAGAAGUCAAAGCGCACAAGAAAAGAGGAACAGCUUCACCAAACUAUAAAGAGCCAAAAGUUAAGAAAGCAAAAUUAUCUUGUUCAGCAAAAAAGAAGUCCAAAAAGAAGACCCAUGAAGAUGAGGUUUCUUCAGAAGAUUCAUAUAAUUCUGAUAAAGAUUCAGAUAACAGCAAUGUACAAGAUGGUCCUUCAGAUGCUGACUUUUGGAAAGGUCCUCUAGAAGAAGUAGAUGAAAAAUCACGGGAGGAAGAGUUUGAUGAGUAUUUUCAAGACUUGUUUCUCUGAAACUUGAAAUUGAUGUAGGUUGAUUUUCUUCAUGAAUUGUCAAGAUGAAAGUCUGGAAAUCCAGUCAUAAUUAGAGACCAGAGACCACUUCUUGCCAUCAUACCUUUCCUACAGUCACUCAUAGGAACCAUUUGGGUAGAUUAUAUUUUAGAAGGCUUCAGAUCUAAAAACUUCAUUUUUCUUAUGGUAGACUAUAUUCAUGAAAUACGAGAAAUAAUUUUUUUCAGUUCAGUGCAAAAGAUAUAUGCCACCCAAACUUUAAAGUAGGAAGGAUGUAAACAAACAAGAACAUAGUUUAUUGACAUUACAUCAUGGAAAUUGGCUGCUUUUUAUUUUAUUCCAAACUUCAGUUAUUGGCAGAUUUUUGUAAAGGGCCAUUUUGGAAGAUUCUGUUCUUAAUUUAAAGCUAUACACUUUAAUAUAGUCAUAUUUCUAAUUUAUUAAACAGGAGUUAAGAGCCUUAAGUUUAUUGGUCAUGUAGACUUUAAUAGUCAGGUAUUAGUUUCUGUAAGUAUUUUCAAAUGCUAUUGCAGAAGUUCAGUUUUUAUCAAAUAUAUAUUGUGCUUGAAUUAAGUAAACCAUAUCUGAAAUGUCUCCCCUGCUUUUUAAAAAAGUUUUGUUCAUUGUGACAUUGGUUUAGAUUUUAAUUAUAAUUCCACUUAUAAAAUCUGGUUAGUUAGUGAAAUUUUUGAUGUAAAAAAUAAAGUGUGUGGCUUUCUACUGGAGAUGUUCAUGUCACUUAUAUGUUGUUUGUGGUUUCUGAUCUCUUUAUACCAGCUAAAAAUUGACUGAAUGUUAAUCCUUCUUUAAAGUGUAAUCCUAAAUAUACAACUAAAGAAUGAAUAUUCCUUGAGAAACACUGGAUUAAUCUUCCUCUUUGAAUUGCAACACAUCUUUAAACAUCUUUAUUUACGUUUCCAAAGAAACAGUCUGCACAUGAAUAGCUGCAGUGGCUAUUUUUUGUUGGAUGAAAAUUACUUUGGAUGUAAAGGACAAAAUUUUUUUUUUUCAUUUAAAUGUUCAUGUUAAUCUGAGGAAAAUUAAUGUUGUAUAAAAUAUAUUUUUGAUAAAUCCUACUGUAGAUAUAUUUAUAGAAAGUAUUUAUAAUAUGGAUUUGAUGUGGAAGAUGCAACAACAGAGAUGGUUGCAGUGUAUUUAUGAACAUUUUACAUUAAUAAAUUGAGAACUCUACUUACAAAUGUUACUUAACAUAAUUAUAUUUUGAACAGUUUGUACUUAUAUAAUAGCUGACAGUACAAGAAUGUAUUUAGGGUGUCCUUGUGUAAGAUAAAUGUAGCCUUGCAUGAAGACUUCUUUAGGUAAGAAGGUGGAUUUAAAGGUUAAUUCUCUGGCAUCUUGCAAGCUUGGCUGAGAGUCAAAUCCAAUCUGUGCCAAUCUCCUUACAUGUAUGCAACUUGCCCAAAGGGGUUUUGUCAAUGUGUUGCUGUAUUUAUUGCUUUAAGUAUUGUAUAUUAUGUGUUCUGGAUAACUAACUCCUCUUUGGGGCUUCACAGUACAGUUAUGGUACAGUAUACAUAUUAAAUACAUCGUUAAAUACAGUUUGAAUAAAAUUUCAACCUUGAAGUAGCUUUUUUUAGUAUCUGCAUUUAAUACAGAAAAUAAUACAUGAUACCUAGUUUUAUGUGGUAACUAAGUUUGCAUAAACUAUUUAGUCCAUUUGUAAAUAAGGAUGUAAUAAAUGGAAUUUUUUUUGUGGAUUCCUUUAAUCUUGGGUGAUAGUAGUACACAGUUUGAUGUUCGUAGAGCACUCUCAGAAAGGUAGAUAAUAUGGAAAAUCAUUCAAUCAUUCUACCUUCUCUGAAUGCUGAGGGUGCUUCAGCGGGG